AUGGAGACGGAGCGUAACCAGCGGUACCUUUCUCGCAUUCUUCGCGAGAAGCAGGCAAAUCGCCAGAACCCCUUCAACUCGCCCCCCUCUUCUACCGGCUCCCAUGGCACCGUCAGCCCGACUAUGACCUCUGUCUUCUCCGACCCCGACGGCGAGUCGACUCGCAGACUAAAUAACGAUAUUGCCCGCAUUACGGGCGGCAAAAAACUCCCCGUCAACUGGGAGGCGGCCCAUCGCAAGUGGCCCGAGUACUUUUCCAAGCCCCAAAACUCUCUAUUCGACAAUGAUGCAAUGCCUCUCAAGGAAAAUCACAAACCCGCCCCUGUCAAGUUCCUCCAAGAAGAUUCCACACGAGACAUCUGGAAUGGCUCCAGGCGCAAGCGAGCCGACAUGCAGCCUCGUGCCGACGACGAAUCCGAUCUCUCGAUUUUACUUUCCAAGUCUCCCGCCGCCGCCCUCUCCCUCAAAAAUAACCGCCACCUCAGCCCCAUCUCGCGUGCCCAUGCCCGCGCGCCUUCAGAGCCUGCGCCGCUUCUCCAGAGGCGGCCUUCCAUCUCCGAGGCUCUUGAGCGCCUGCGCAAGGCCUCAAGCAGCCCCAAGCAAACCGACCAAAAGCAAAUGCCAGAAACCAACGGCCCAUCUCCCAAUGCCUCCUCCGCUAAAUCUAGCUUCACUGCGGUGCCUCCUUCGCCCAAUUCCAUCGCUAGCCCCAACAAUGACGCCAAUGCCCGCUCAUUCUUUAUGCCCGACGUCUCUCACCUUGGCGACUUUGUCACUGGUACUCUUCGCUUCAGUGGUUCCAUGAAAAAUGGCGUCCCCAUCUUCGUCAAGCAGGGCAAAGUGCAUGACAAGCAAACAAGCCCCGCUGCCGCCGCACAUGCUGCUGUUGACUCUGUCAAGGUUCCUCAAGAGGAAGAAAGAAUCUUUGUCUCUAUGGAUAUGAUCCGCGACGAAAUUAUGUUCCUUCAAGAACACCAUGAAAAGGUACAAGAGUAUGCCAUGAACCUACAGCAGCAAGUCGAGAGGCUUGAAGCUCAAGCAAAGGCCAAGGGCCAGAACCCAGACAGCCAUCGUCACAAUGACCACACUGCUGAAAUGAACUCUCGGCUUCGAUCCGAGGUGGCCACCUUGCAAGCACGCCUAGACCAAGCUACACACAAACUCAGUACUAGCGAGAUUAACAGCGAUUCCAUCUCGCAUGAGAAGGAACGUGUACUCACUAGAUUGCAGGAGGCGUGUGAUGAUAUCAACAAGCUGACUCGCAAGCUCACGGUCAAGGAGAAGGCCCUGGAGACAUCUCAGAAACAGCUGGACUCGUCCGAGCAUGUUCGUCAGGAUAAUAAAGCACUUCGCCGCGACUUAGUUGCAAUCACCCACAGCCGCGAUGCUCUUGAGCUAGAAAAUUCGUCUCUACGCGACGAUAAUGAUAGGCUUGAAAGUGAGCUGCAAUCGCUGCGAUCCGAGAUAGAGACUAGGCGUGCCGAAAGUGACCGCCUGCGCCAACAACGUCAGUCUCUAAUCGCCGAAAACAAAUCUCUUCGUGCCAGCAAGACCCAGUUGGAGCAAAACGAGGUUCUCAAUGAGGAUCUCGAUGAAGUACAGCACGAGUUGGAUGUUGCUCGCGAGGAGCUCGAAGUGCUGCGCAAAGAAAAUGAGGAGCUCGAAGCGCUGCGCAGGCAAAACGAGGAGCUUGAAGCGCUGCGCAGGCAAAACGAGGAGCUCGAAGCGCUGCGCAAGGAAAACGAGGAGCUUGUUUCCUUGCGAGAGGAUAACCGGAGCCUCGUACGACACAAUGAAAAGUACUUCAACGACAACAAGAUGAUCAGACGCGAAAACUCUGGGUUUCAACGCAGUAUCCAUGACUUACACGAGGAGAAUCUCAAACUCAAAGAGGAAGUUGAUUUUCUCAAGCAGCAGAUGGAUCACUACCGCCCAGCCCCCAAGGCCAACAUUGAGACUGACAAUACCACCGCUGGUCUCUUCAUGCCUGAGACGGCCACUGAUACCAAUAUCUCUGGUCCUGACGGGCCUACGCAGACCAAGGAACUACCUGAUCCUCUGGAGAUGACUGGCCAAAGCCAAAACUUGACCGAUGCCGACUACGCAGAAGUUAUAGACAUGGACCAAAUCGUGAACGCAUCUCAGAAGAAGGGCCAAACUGCUACUGAGCAGGCUCAAAAGGUAGCUUUUUCUAUUCCUACCAAGCCCGAGGUGCUCAAAAGAACUGCCAACCAAGGCAGCAAGCGAUCUGCCUCGCGCCAACCACCCAAAGCCCACGCCGAAAACCACAAUAACUACAUCCCACGCGCCUUGCGCUACAGGGUGCAAGCACAACCAUUGACAUCCUUCCUUGAUAUCGGCAAGUUCGACAGCCGAGGGAGUGGCGGUGUACAUUUAUUUGGCUCGAUAAAAACCCCUGAUCUUGGCACCUCUUACGCAGCAUAG